ACACAGCUACUAAGUAGUAGAAAAGGCAGUUGAACCCAGGCUGCUUGGCUCCAGAGUCUAAUAUCACGGGGAAAACCUCACAGGAGACGUGGCAACGAAGUUGUGCUUCAUUGAAGUAUCUGUCCAGGUGGAAAACCGCAGGGCCUCUCUAGCAAAAUCCAGAACCAGAAAAUACUUGCUUAAUUAUGAGUUUCGUUCCUUCUUUUGCCCACUAUCCCCAUUUAACCUGCGGAGGCAUUUCAGAAGUGCAGUGAAUAAAGAAGCAGGGGACUAUGGAACACUAAUUUCCGGCUACGGCGAAUUCAGGCUGUUUCCAUGGAAACAGUAACGGGUGGGCAGCUAGGUAUAGUCUCGCGGUGCUUGAACCAGCGGAAGUGACGUCGCCGCUCGCGAGGACCUCAGGUGGAUCGCCGCGGCCCCUCCUCCCAGAGCGGCAGCCUUUUCCCGCGCGUGCUGCCUUCGCCGCUCGGGCCGCCCGGGGGAAAACAUGGCGUCUGCCCUGGAGCAGUUCGUGAACAGUGUCCGACAGCUCUCAGCUCAAGGGCAAAUGACACAGCUUUGUGAACUGAUCAACAAGAGUGGGGAACUCCUUGCGAAGAACUUAUCCCAUCUGGACACUGUGCUCGGGGCUCUGGAUGUACAAGAACACUCCUUGGGCGUCCUUGCUGUUUUGUUUGUGAAGUUUUCUAUGCCCAGUGUUCCUGACUUCGAAACGCUAUUCUCACAGGUUCAGCUCUUCAUCAGUACUUGUAAUGGGGAGCACAUUCGAUAUGCAACAGACACUUUUGCUGGGCUUUGCCAUCAGCUAACAAAUGCACUUGUGGAAAGAAAACAGCCCCUGCGAGGAAUUGGCAUCCUUAAGCAAGCCAUAGACAAGAUGCAGAUGAAUACAAACCAGCUGACCUCAAUACAUGCUGAUCUCUGCCAGCUUUGUUUGCUAGCAAAAUGCUUUAAGCCUGCCCUUCCAUAUCUUGACGUGGAUAUGAUGGAUAUCUGUAAAGAGAAUGGAGCCUAUGAUGCAAAGCACUUUUUAUGUUACUAUUAUUAUGGAGGGAUGAUCUAUACUGGGCUGAAGAACUUUGAAAGAGCUCUCUACUUUUAUGAACAGGCUAUAACUACUCCUGCCAUGGCGGUCAGUCAUAUCAUGUUGGAAUCAUAUAAAAAGUAUAUUUUAGUGUCUUUGAUAUUACUUGGCAAAGUACAACAGCUACCAAAAUAUACAUCUCAAAUUGUGGGUAGAUUCAUUAAGCCUCUUAGCAAUGCAUACCACGAGUUAGCACAAGUGUAUUCAACCAACAACCCCUCAGAACUCCGAAACCUGGUGAAUAAGCACAGUGAAACCUUCACUCGCGAUAACAACAUGGGGCUGGUGAAGCAAUGCUUGUCAUCUCUUUAUAAGAAGAAUAUUCAGAGGCUAACAAAGACCUUUUUAACUCUAUCAUUACAAGAUAUGGCAAGUCGUGUGCAGUUGUCUGGACCUCAGGAGGCAGAGAAAUAUGUUCUGCACAUGAUAGAAGAUGGUGAGAUUUUUGCAAGUAUUAACCAGAAGGACGGUAUGGUCAGUUUCCAUGAUAACCCUGAAAAAUAUAAUAACCCAGCCAUGCUUCAUAACAUUGAUCAGGAGAUGCUGAAGUGCAUUGAGCUGGAUGAGCGGCUGAAAGCCAUGGACCAGGAGAUCACAGUGAACCCUCAGUUUGUACAAAAGAGUAUGGGCUCACAAGAAGAUGAUUCAGGAAACAAACCAUCCAGUUAUUCUUGAAACUAACAUCCAUCCUGAGCUAAACAAGAGAAACUACCAUCUUGGCCAGUGACAAGUGUUCAGAGGGCAGCAGAGAGGACCAAGCCUGUGUCACCUGGAGACUAAGAAAUUAAGUUUUGUUUUGACAUCUUCAGUCCUGUGUGCUUUCAGAAAACCAUUUUCUCUGCAAAGAAAGGAAACAGAUUUGCAAACUUUAAAGUCUGUCGUGGAUUUAUUUAUCCUCAGAUUAUUGUUACUGCAUUAAAUCUACCUUUUUGUUUUAA